AUGCCCAACGGCUACCAGAUCACGCAGCAGCGGGCGCCGAUAGCGCGCGAUGGCUUGCUGGAGUUUGUCGUCUACGACGAGUACAACGAUCACCUCCUCUUCGGCGGCAGCAGCAACCCUACAGCAGCUCAACUAAAAAGCCGCCAGCACCUUCUUCUUCCCUACCUCAAGCGCUGUCAGCUGAAGCAGCUGCAGCUGGAGCAGGACUCGGGCAAGUCGCUGGCCGACGAUGAAGAAGAGGAUGGUGAGGGUGAUGAGGGUGAAACUUCCGUUUUAAAAAGCAGCUGUGCCCGAAAGCAACGCCUGAUCGACCUCAACCGAGCUGGCGUCCCCCUGCUGGAGUUCGUCUUCGAGCCGCAGCUCACCUCCUCCCUCGAGGCGGCCUCCCUGGUUCGAGAGCUGAUCCUCCGUCUGCAAGCGAUCGACGUCUGCAGCUGCCGCCUGGCCGAGGGCGCCCUUCGGGUGGACGCCAACGUCAGCAUCCGCCCAAGGGGCGGAUCACCCACACUUGGCACUCGAACCGAGAUCAAGAACCUCAACUCGCUGCGCUUCCUUCGCGAGGCCAUCGACUACGAGAUUGGGCGGCAGGCGGAGCUUCUCACCGCUGGAGGUGCGGUGGUCAAUGAGACGCUCGGCUUUGACUUUCGCAGCCGGCGGACGUAUCCGAUGCGCGACAAGGAGAUCGUCCAGGACUAUCGCUUCAUGCCGGAGCCCAAUCUGCCGCCGGUGUUGCUGCGAAAUUCUGCUGAAGAUGAAAAUCAAACUGGUGAUAAGGACCUGCUGGACAUUGCCGCCAUCGCCGACGAGCUUACCUCCUUCUCCUCCUCCUCCUCUUCAAACUCCCUACCUCAGCAA